AUGUCGUCGAUCACUGCCUGCUAUAUAUUUAUUAUCCGCUUGUACCUGCUCAUUUACAGGAAGGUCAGGAUUGCAUCAAAAGCUCUGCUCCGCUACCGGCUGAGUCGAAACUCUUCCAGGAAGAAACCUGCUCUGUCAGCUCAGGGGACGGAUGACAGCGGAGUGGAAAGUGGUGUGGGGAAGACAUGCAGCUCAGAGAUAAGCAGCCAAGUAGAACCAGACCAAAGCACAAACGAGAAAGAAAAGGCUGUUGUCCCAUCUCAGAGCUCAGCCGCACCCCUAAAGUCAUCAGAAGACAGGCCAGCGACCCGGACCGCUGCUCCCGCUUCUCACGCCACAACUUCGGGAGAUGAUAGCGAAUUCAAGCGAGUGACCCGCAUGUGUUUCACAGUUUUUCUCUGCUUUGUGUUCUGCUUCGUUCCCUUUAUGUUACUGAACAUAGCCGACAAAAACAACCGCGCCCCCCAGAUGCUGCACAUGUUCUGCGCCAACCUCACCUGGCUCAACAGCUGCAUUAACCCCGUCCUGUACGCGCUCAUGAACAGACAGUUUCGACAAGCGUACGGCGACCUGAUCACCAGAGCCGCCGCUCCUUUCAGCUGCCUCUGCAGCCGACUUCAGGCCCGCAAAGUCUGAACUCCUGUAACUUACUUUUGACUGACGUAAACUCAAGGGAUUUUGAGCCGCUGCCGGGUAAAUUUAUUCCUUUGUUGCUUCGAGCUUCCUGGCUUCUGUGGGUUCAUGCAUCAAAGUUCAGGGAGAGCUCCCGGUGCAACAAGAGCAAGAGGCCAUAAAAGACAAUUAAAGGCAAAUUGUGGUAUAGAUGAAGCAAUAAAAUUAGUGUUGAACAAUGCAUUGCAAUAAGGCUUGGUCUUCAUCGUGGUGCUUUUCUGGAGGGGGGUACACACACCUGGCCUGCAUAAUUUAACAAAAAAAAAGGAAUAAUGAAAAUAAAAGUAAUGACAUGUGAUGAACACAAGGCAGAGUGCCAUGCCACAAUGAUCCUGAUGAAGCUUGGUCCCAGCAUUGCUAUUCAAAGUAAAGCCAUUUUCAAUGUUUCUCCCCUUCUCCAUAGAGACCUUUGUUAAUUUUUAUGGCCUCUCAUUUCAGCUUAUCUUAGAAAUUGCUCAAAGUAAAAUUUUUCUGUGCAGUUAUUCGAUCGUGUAAAAAAACAACUUGAUUUUACAUCACAGCUCCCUGCUUGUAUAUCUCAUAGAUAUUUACAUAUAUUUAAUUUUGAAGUCCAUGUUUAGGUUAGACUUUUAAAGUGACUGUCCACAGAUCUUUGUACAAAAUGACCUAUUAUUG